CCUUCGCUCGGCGGAUGUUUUUCGUUUUACCGGACACACGUUUCCGCUCUCGAGCUCUGAUUCACCUGCUGACCUUAAAACCAUAAACCGGCUGUCGGUGAGAUCACAGAAACACUAAAACUAAACACACCGUCUCAUCUGUUCACGGAACCCGUUGUUAUCGCCGCGUCAGCUCGCACGCUAGCAAUGUUCCUAUCGUCGGUACCAGCGCGCGUCCUGAUGCGAAGGUCGCGCAGUCUGUCGCCGUGCCGCGCUCUGCAGACCGGCCACGGCGAAGCCUCCCGCUUCCGACACCUCUGUGAGCUCGACCCGAACCGGAGUCCGGUGGCCAGAGGCCCGCGAGCGUCCGGGAAGAGCGUCGCGAGCGAGGAGUCGCGCGUGCAGUACCAUCAGCUGGCCAGCAGGUGGCGCGAGAGUCUGGAGGUCCGGCGGAGCAGCUGGGCGAGUCUGACCGCCUCGGGGCGCCACAGAGCCGGACACGAGAGCCGCUCACAGGCCGCUGGUGCUGCGGGCGUCGCGGGCGUCAUUUCAGCCGCGGCCUUCGCCUUCUGCUUUAAUAAGGACAGUGAUGAUAAAGUCGAGGCUCUUCUAGAUGCUGCUAGAUCCAGUAACACUGAGCAGCUGGUCAGGUUGUUGGCGCAGGGAGUUGAUCCGAACAGUCGACACCGUUUGGGCUGGACACCCCUCAUGGUGGCCUCCAUGAACAGACAGCACAAUGUGGUGAAGGUGCUGCUGGAGGCCGGUGCUGAUCCAAACCUGGGCGAUGACUUCAGCAGUGUGUAUGAAGCGGCUCGACAGAAGGGCGUUCACUCAUUAGAGGUGCUGGUGAGCCGUGAGGAUGAGUUCAGCAAUCGUCUCAGCAGCCGCGCUUCCUUCCGAGGAUGUUCUGCUCUUCAUUACGCUGCUCUGACCGACGACCUGAGGACCGUCCAGAUGCUGCUGGACGCAGGUGCCAACCCCUUACAGAAGAACGACCUGGGACACACACCGCUGACGUACGCCAAAGAGGGAGAGACGGCCACGCUGCUGAAAGAGGCCCAGAACACGUUUGCGGAGGCGCAGCAGAAGCGUGAGGCAGAGCAGAGGAGGAAGUUUCCUCUGGAGCGCAGACUGAAGGAGCACAUCAUUGGACAGGAAGGAGCCAUCAAUACAGUUGCAUCAGCCAUUAGGAGGAAGGAGAACGGCUGGUACGAUGAAGAGCAUCCCCUCGUCUUCCUCUUCCUGGGCUCGUCUGGAAUCGGUAAAACGGAGCUGGCCAAGCAAGUGGCACGAUACAUGCAUAAAGACAUUAAGAAGGGAUUCAUCCGGAUGGACAUGUCUGAGUUUCAGGAGAAACAUGAGGUGGCGAAGUUCAUCGGUUCUCCUCCAGGAUACGUGGGUCAUGAAGAAGGAGGUCAGCUGACCAAACAGCUCAAACAGUGUCCGAACGCCGUGGUUCUGUUCGACGAGGUGGACAAAGCUCAUCCAGACGUCCUGACCAUCAUGUUACAGCUCUUUGAUGAGGGUCGACUGACUGAUGGGAAGGGGAAGACGAUCGAGUGUAAAGAUGCCAUUUUCAUCAUGACGUCUAAUGCAGCUAGUGAUGAGAUUGCCCAGCAUGCAUUGCAGCUGAGACAGGAAGCUCAGGAGCAGAGCCGCCUGCGUCUGGCUGAGAAUCUGGACGAUGUUCAGAAGAGCGAGAAGAUCACCAUCUCCAACACUUUCAAAGAGCAGGUGAUCCGGCCCAUCCUGAAGGCUCAUUUCCGACGGGACGAGUUUCUGGGGAGGAUUAAUGAGAUUGUUUACUUCCUGCCGUUCUGUCACUCUGAACUCAUUCAGCUGGUCAGCAGAGAGCUCCACUACUGGGCCAAGAAGGCCAAGCAGAGGCACAACAUCACGCUGCUGUGGGAGCGUCCCGUGCUGGAGCUGCUGGCCGGAGGAUAUAACCUGCACUACGGCGCGCGCUCCAUCAAACACGAGGUGGAGCGGCGGCUGGUCAAUCAGCUAGCGGCUGCGUUUGAGCAGGAGCUGCUGCCGAAGGGCUGUACUCUGCGUCUGACCGUCGACGGGGGACAGGAGAAGGACGGAGCUCCGGCUCUGCAUCUGGAGGUGGUGGGUGAAGACAGCUCCGCCCGAAAACUGGACAUCCGCCCGCCGCUGACCCCUGAGGACGUGACGUACGCUCACUGAGAGAACCUGUGAGACUGGGACAGAAUCAGAGCCGCACAAGCGCUUCAGUGUUCCUCUCUCUCACACACAUCCGGUCUCUGGCGUACGCAGCGUUCUCAU